AUUCAGAGAGAAGUUUAAUUUAUGAAGAUGUCCCUCACGCCAAGCUCACCUCACAAGAGCCUGAAGAUUUAGGCUGGAGCUCCAGCGAAUUCGAAAGCUACAGCGAAGACUCGGCCGACGAGAACAAAGCCAAUGCGGCCCACGCCAAACCCAAAGUUUCCUUCCAGCCAAAGAUGACCCAAUUCAUGAAAGCAGCCAAAAGCGGCACCAAGGAUGGUUUGGAAAAGACCAAAAUUGCAGUCAUGCGGACUUUCCUGCAUAAGAAAGAUAUUCCAGGGGACUCCGAAGAAGAAGAAUUGGGCUUCCUGGAGGUGCCAGUUUCAGAUGCCAAACAGCUGCCCGAGUUGGGGCCGAUGCCCGAAGGGUUAAACCCUCAGCAGGUGAUACGUCGUCACAUCCUGGGCUCCAUUGUGCAAAGCGAGAGGAGUUAUGUGGACUCGCUGAGACGCAUUUUACAGGAUUAUAGGAACCCCUUGAUGGAGAUGGAGCCCAAAGUCCUCAGUGCCAGGAAAUGCCAAGUGGUCUUCUUCCGGGUCAAAGAGAUCCUCCAGUGCCACUCCAUGUUCCAAAUCGCCUUGUCUUCACGGGUGGUUGAGUGGGACUCCAUGGAGAAGAUCGGUGACCUCUUCGUGGCCUCGUUCUCCAAGUCCAUGGUCUUGGAUGUGUACAGUGAAUACGUCAACAACUUCACCAGUGCUAUGUCCUUAAUCAAGAAGGCCUGCAUGACCAAACCAGCUUUCUUGGAGUUCCUCAAGAAGAAACAGAUGGCCAGCCUUGACCGAGUCACCCUCUACGGCUUGAUGGUGAAACCCAUUCAAAGAUUCCCCCAGUUUAUUCUUCUGCUCCAGGAUAUGCUGAAGAACACCCCAAAAGGACACGCUGACCGGUUGUCCCUCCAGCUCGCCCUAACCGAACUGGAGACCUUGGCUGAGAAGCUGAACGACCAGAAGAGGUUGGCCGACCAGGUGGCUGAGAUCCAGCAGCUAACCAAGAGCGUCAGCGACCGCAGCCAUCUCCAUAAGAACCUGAACAUGACGGUGGCCCAAGACUGGUGUUUAGCUCUGCAGAGGAUGAUGAGGGUGAAGGAAGAGGAGAUCCACUCGGCCAACAAGUGCCGCCUCCGUCUCUUACUUCCUGGGAAGCCCGACAAGUCCGGUCGCCCCGUCAGCGUCAUGGUGGUGUUCAUCACACCCAACCCACUCAGCAAAAUUUCCUGGGUGAAUCAUUUGCACUUGGCCAAAAUUGCCCUCCGAGAAGAAAACCAGCCUGGGUGGGUCUGCCCCGAAGAAGACAAGAAGAGCAAAGCCGCUUUCUGGUGUCCCAUUUUGGUCUGUCACAUCCCUGCCUUCUCCUCCAGGGCCCUCGACCUGCAGCUGGGGGCGGCCAUACACAGCCCCGUCCAGUCUUCCUUGCUGGGAUUCUCGGCCAUCAGCACUUCUCUGCCACAGGGCUACCUAUGGGUUGGAGGAGGUCAGGAGGGCGCCGGGGGUCAAGUGGAGAUAUUUUCCCUGAACCGGUCAGUGCCUCGUACGGUCAGAUCCUUCCCGGUGGCCUCACAGGUUCUCUGCUUGGAGUACAUCCCCGAAAGAGCCGAAGAGGAGCGAUCCGAGGAGUCUCCAACCGGGGCUGACCAGUCGUUUCCAGCUCAGCCUGCCCUCUGCCUUGGCCUGCAGGAUGGCAGGUGAGAAAUCAUCGGGAAAUGAUUGGGGGGAGGAGGGGCUUGGAGAGUUGGGAAGCCCCCUCCUGUCUGUGUAGGACACUCCAUUGUGAUAUUGUCUGUUUAGUCUUCCUUUUGGGCUGGUCAGUCGAAUUCCACCUGCAGAGCCUGGGCACCAGAGGUGGGAGGCCUGUGGGACGCCGACGUUGAGCCCACCAUCCUGGCGGUUGGGCUGGCCCCCGUGCGGACGCUGCUCACCUUGGAUGAUGCCGUAUGGGCCAGCUGUGGCAAUCAGGUCACCGUCUUCGAUGCCGUCAGCCUGAAGGCUCAGCAAAUAUUCGAGGUCCACCCGGAAGAGGAGAGCAACGUGACCCAUAUGAUCAAGGCAGGCAGUGGGGUGUGGAUGGCCUUCUCCUCGGGGUCUUCCAUACGUCUCUUCCACACGGAGACGCUGGAGCUUCUGCAGGACAUCAACGUGGCUACCCGAACUACAGCGGUUCUCCCAGGGCAGAAGAACGUCCGAGUCACCAGCCUCCUCAUAUGCCAGGGCCUGCUCUGGAUUGGCACCGACCAAGGCAUUCUGGUCCUGUUGCCCGUGCCCAGGCUGGAGGGGAUCCCCAAAAUCACAGGGAAGGGGAUGGUCUCGCUCAAUGGCCACUGCGGCCCUGUGGACUUCCUGGCGGUGGCCUUCAGCACUCUGGCUCCCGAGGUCUUGAAGAGCGACAAAGAAGAUGGAGACGGAGGGCCAUUGGCGGAGGACGCACACCCCAGCCCGGGAGCUCGCACCUCCGAUGUGUCCUCCGCGGACAGUUCCUCCACCCGGGAAAUCCGUAAAAAGGGCAUCCUUCUGCAGUACCGGCUCCGAUCCACGACUCACCUACCCGGACAGUUGCUCUCCGUGAGGGACACGCCUUCGCCAGCCGGCGGGAAUUCUUUGGAACACACCGAGGAAGACGGCUCCAUCUACGAAAUGGCGGACGAUCCGGACAUCUGGGUGCGAAGCCGGACGUGCGCGAAGGAGUCUCACCGGAAGGAGAUCUCUUCCCUGGCUGUGAUUUCGGGAGGAAGGGGUUACCGCAACUUCGGCGCCAACGGCCGGCCCCCGUCGAGCAGCGAAAGUGACAGCACGUUACUCCUCUGGCAAAUCCCGUUGAUUUUAUAGCGCGGUGUCGUUUUCGCUUUUCCCGUCUUCUGUUUUCGGCAUGGAAUGGUGGACGACGGGGACCGCCGGGAAGGGGGGGGAACAUUAUGGCUGUCGGGGUACCCCCUCUCGUUUGACGGUCCUGCCGAGCCCACCAGCUUUUUACCGAUUUCGUAGUCUCCAAAUUUCGUCCUCACCCAGAGCUGUUUGACAGCUGUCGACUCUGAAGCUGACACCCCUUCUUUUUCGCACCUCCGAUCUUGACUCCAGCAAAGACUUCCAAUUUUCUUUCCGUGAACUUUUCCAGGUUUUAUAGGAAAACUGCACACUCCCUGCAGGUUUUGGAGGGGGCAGAUGAAUCCCCCCACCCAUCCUCCCCGGGUGUUUUCCCUUCCCAGGCAGGGACAUACAGGUUUGGUUUACCCCCUGUGUGAAUAUCCUACCUACAAAUAUAUAUAGAGACAGACACACACACACUUAAUAUAAAAGUGCUGUAUAUUAUUAAACUGUACAAAUGAAAUCUGUAUAUAUUGGGGGCAGAAAUAAAAUGGUAGGAAAACCUUCCUAGUCCAGCUCAACAACAA